AUGUAUCCACAGGAUAUAAAUCAGCAGUUGUGUGAUCCUGGUGAAUUUCUUUGCCACGAUCACGUGACUUGUGUCGCCCAGAGCUGGCUGUGUGAUGGGGACCCUGACUGCCCUGAUGAUUCAGACGAGUCUUUAGAUGCCUGUCCAGAAGAAAUAGAAUUCAAGUGCCCCUUGAAUCACAUUCCUUGCCUUGGUACGAACAAAUGUGUGCAUUUAUCUCAACUGUGCAACGGCAUUGUAGACUGCUCGGAUGGGUAUGAUGAAGGAGUACAUUGCCGGGAACUGUUACCAAAUUGCCAAGAGUUGAAUUGUCAGUAUAAAUGUGCAAUUGUCAGAAAUAGUACAAGAUGUUUCUGUGAAGAUGGAUAUGAAGUAAAGGAAGAUGGAAGAAGCUGUAAAGAUCACGAUGAAUGUGCGAUUUAUGGUACAUGCAGCCAGACCUGCAUAAAUACACAUGGAUCCUACACUUGCAGUUGUGUGGAGGGCUACAUAUUGCAACCGGACAACAAGUCUUGCAAGGUGAAAAAUGAACCUACAGAUAGACCACCUAUGCUGUUAAUUGCAAAUUCUGAAACAAUUGAGGUCUUCCAUCUUAAUGGAAGUAAAAUGGCAACCCUGAGCUCAGUCAAUGGAAAUGAAAUUCAUACUCUGGAUUUUAUUUACAAUGAAAAUAUGAUUUGUUGGAUUGAAUUAAGAGAAUCUUCAAAUCAGCUUAAAUGUAUCCAAAUAACAAAAACAGGAAGAUUAACAGAUGAAUGGGCAACUAAUAUUCUCCAGUCUUUUCACAAUGUGCAACAAAUGGCAAUUGACUGGCUAACCAGAAAUUUCUACUUUGUGGACCAUAUCGGUGACCGGAUCUUUGUUUGUAAUUACAACGGGUCUACCUGUGUCACCCUGAUUGAGCUGGAGCUUCAUAAUCCUAAAGCAAUAGCAGUAGAUCCAAUAGCAGGAAAACUUUUCUUUACUGACUACGGGAAUGUGGCCAAAGUGGAGCGAUGUGACAUGGAUGGGAUGAACAGAACAAGGAUAAUUGAUUCAAAGAUAGAGCAGCCAGCUGCACUGGCACUAGACUUAGUCAACAAAUUGGUUUACUGGGUAGAUCUUUACUUGGACUAUAUGGAAGUAGUGGACUAUCAAGGAAAAAACAGACAUAUUAUUAUUCAAGGCAGACAUGUCAGACAUCUUUAUGGUAUAACUGUGUUUGAAAACUAUUUGUAUGCCAUCAAUUCUGACAAUUACAAUAUCAUAAGGAUAAAUCGAUUUAAUGGUACUGAUAUUCAUUCAUUAAUUAAAAUGGAAAAUGCUCGAGGAAUCCGAAUCUAUCAAAAAAGAACUCAACCAACAGUCAGAAGCCAUGCAUGUGAAGUGGAUCCAUAUGGAAUGCCGGGGGGCUGUUCACACAUCUGUCUGCUCAGCAGCAGUUACAAAACACGGACCUGUCGCUGCAGGACUGGCUUCAACUUGGGAAGUGAUGGCAGGUCAUGCAAAAGACCAAAGAAUGAGUUGUUCCUCUUUUAUGGGAAAGGACGCCCAGGAAUUGUUAGAGGAAUGGACUUAAAUACCAAGAUAGCUGAUGAAUACAUGAUUCCCAUAGAAAAUCUGGUAAACCCUCGGGCUUUAGAUUUUCAUGCAGAAACCAAUUAUAUCUACUUUGCUGACACUACCAGUUUUCUAAUUGGCCGGCAGAAGAUAGAUGGCACGGAUCGAGAAACCAUCCUGAAAGAUGAUCUGGAUAAUGUGGAAGGCAUUUCUGUGGACUGGAUUGGAAAUAACCUUUACUGGACGAAUGAUGGCCAUCGGAAAACCAUCAAUGUGGCCAGGUUGGAAAAGGCCUCUCAGAGUCGGAAGACUCUUUUAGAAGGAGAAAUGUCCCAUCCCAGAGGAAUUGUAGUGGAUCCAGUCAAUGGAUGGAUGUAUUGGACAGACUGGGAGGAAGAUGAAAUAGAUGACAGCGUGGGAAGGAUCGAGAAGGCCUGGAUGGAUGGCUUCAAUCGGCAGAUUUUUGUGACUUCAAAGAUGCUGUGGCCAAAUGGUUUAACUCUGGACUUUAACACCAACACGUUAUACUGGUGUGAUGCCUAUUAUGAUCAUAUUGAAAAAGUGUUUUUGAAUGGCACUCACAGGAAGGUUGUUUACAGUGGGAAAGAGUUGAACCAUCCUUUUGGACUGUCACAUCAUGGGAAUUAUGUGUUCUGGACUGAUUAUAUGAAUGGUUCCAUUUUUCAACUAGAUUUGGUCACGAGUGAGGUGACACUACUGAGACAUGAAAGACCACCCCUAUUUGGGCUUCAGAUUUAUGAUCCACGAAAGCAACAAGGUGACAAUAUGUGCAGAGUAAAUAACGGUGGCUGUAGUACACUUUGCUUGGCCAUUCCAGGAGGCCGAGUGUGUGCUUGUGCUGAUAAUCAACUUUUGGAUGAAAAUGGGACGACUUGCACCUUUAAUCCUGGAGAAGUAUUACCUCACAUCUGUAAAACUGGAGAAUUUCGCUGCAAAAACAGACACUGUAUCCAGGCCCGGUGGAAAUGUGAUGGUGACGAUGACUGUCUAGAUGGAAGUGAUGAAGAUUCAGUAAAUUGCUUCAAUCAUAGCUGCCCUGAUGAUCAGUUUAAAUGCCAGAAUAAUCGCUGCAUCCCCAAGAGAUGGCUUUGUGAUGGAGCUAAUGACUGUGGCAACAAUGAAGAUGAAUCCAAUCAAACUUGCUCAGCCAGAACGUGUCAAGUGGAUCAGUUUUCUUGCGGAAAUGGACGCUGCAUUCCCAGAGCGUGGCUGUGUGACAGAGAAGAUGACUGUGGUGACCAGACAGAUGAAAUGGCAUCUUGUGAAUUCCCAACUUGUGAGCCUCUAACUCAAUUUAUAUGCAAAAGUGGAAGAUGCAUUAGCAGCAAAUGGCACUGCGACUCGGAUGACGACUGUGGGGAUGGAAGUGAUGAGGUUGGCUGUGUUCACUCUUGCUUUGAUGAUCAGUUCAGAUGUUCCAGUGGCAGUUGUAUCCCAGGCCAUUGGGCUUGUGAUGGUGACAAUGACUGUGGAGACUUCAGUGAUGAAACCCAAAUCAAUUGUACCAAAGAAGAGAUUCGUUCUCCUGCUGGUUGUAAUGGGAAUGAAUUUCAAUGCCACCCUGAUGGAAACUGCAUUCCCCAUCUGUGGCACUGUGAUGGGGAAAAAGAUUGUGAAGAUGGCAGUGACGAGAAAGGCUGCAAUGGUACCAUACGAUUAUGUGAUCACAAAACCAAGUUUUCGUGUCGGAGCACAGGGAGAUGCAUCAACAAAGCAUGGGUAUGUGAUGGAGAUAUUGACUGUGAAGAUCAGUCAGAUGAAGAUGACUGUGAGAGUUUCUUGUGUGGACCACCCAAGUACCCUUGUGCUAAUGACACUUCGGUGUGCCUGCAGCCAGAGAAACUCUGCAAUGGGAGAAGGGAUUGUCCUGAUGGGUCUGAUGAAGGAGAUCUCUGCGAUGAAUGUUCCCUGAACAAUGGAGGCUGCAGCAACUACUGCUCUGUUGUUCCUGGCAGAGGCAUUGUAUGUUCCUGCCCUGAAGGACUUCAACUUAAGAAAGACAAUAAAACGUGUGAAAUCAUGGAUUACUGUAGCGGUCAUCUCAAGUGCAGUCAAGUGUGUGAGCAGCACAAGCACACAGUCAAGUGUUCAUGUUAUGAAGGGUGGAAGCUGAAUGUGGAUGGUGAAAGUUGCACAGAUGUUGAUCCUUUCGAAGCAUUCAUCAUCUUUUCUAUUCGCCAUGAGAUCAGAAGGAUUGAUCUUCAUAAAAGAGACUAUAGUCUACUUGUUCCUGGAUUGAGAAACACAAUAGCACUUGAUUUUCACUUCAAUCAAAGUUUACUUUAUUGGACAGAUGUUGUAGAAGACAGAAUAUACCGGGGCAAGCUUUCUGAAAGUGGAGGUGUCAGUGCAAUUGAAGUGGUAGUGGAGCAUGGCCUGGCUACCCCGGAAGGUCUGACAGUCGACUGGAUAGCAGGCAACAUAUACUGGAUAGACAGCAACCUGGACCAAAUCGAAGUGGCCAAACUAGAUGGUUCCCUGAGAACUACACUAAUAGCCGGAGCCAUGGAACACCCCAGGGCUAUUGCUUUGGACCCAAGAUUUGGAAUUCUUUUCUGGACAGACUGGGAUGCAAAUUUUCCUCGCAUCGAAUCUGCCUCUAUGAGUGGUGCUGGGAGAAAAAUCAUCUACAAAGACAUGAAAACUGGGGCUUGGCCUAAUGGACUAACUGUGGAUCACUUUGAAAAAAGGAUAGUUUGGACAGAUGCCAGGUCAGAUGCUAUUUAUUCAGCCCUCUAUGAUGGAACAGGAAUGAUAGAAAUCAUCCGAGGUCACGAAUACCUUUCUCAUCCCUUUGCCGUGUCUCUGUACGGGAGCGAGGUCUAUUGGACAGACUGGAGGACCAACACAUUGUCCAAAGCCAAUAAGUGGACAGGGCAGAAUGUCAGUGUGAUUCAGAAAACCAGUGCACAGCCAUUUGACCUUCAGAUAUACCAUCCCAGCCGUCAGCCUCAGGCUCCUAAUCCUUGUGCAGCUAAUGAUGGCAAAGGCCCCUGCUCUCACAUGUGUCUGAUCAGUCAUAACAGAAGUGCUGCUUGUGCAUGCCCCCACCUGAUGAAGCUUUCCUCAGACAAGAAGACCUGCUAUGAAAAGAAGAAAUUUCUUCUUUAUGUGAGGCGUUCUGAAAUCAGAGGAGUGGAUAUUGACAAUCCAUAUUUUAACUUUAUCACGGCCUUUACAGUCCCUGAUAUUGAUGAUGUUACAGUGAUAGACUUCGAUGCAUCUGAGGAACGUUUAUACUGGACGGAUAUUAAAACACAAACCAUUAAGCGGGCCUUUAUUAAUGGAACUGGUUUAGAAACUGUUAUUUCAAGAGAUAUUCAGAGUAUCAGAGGGCUAGCAGUGGAUUGGGUAUCAAGAAAUUUAUACUGGAUUAGCUCAGAAUUUGAUGAAACUCAAAUUAACGUGGCACGAUUAGAUGGCUCUUUGAAAACCUCAAUUAUCCAUGGAAUCGAUAAACCACAGUGUCUUGCGGCUCACCCAGUCAGGGGGAAACUUUACUGGACAGAUGGAAACACAAUUAACAUGGCAAACAUGGAUGGCAGUAAUAGCAAGAUUCUCUUUCAAAAUCAGAAGGAACCAGUUGGUCUAUCGAUAGACUAUAUGGAAAACAAGCUUUAUUGGAUCAGUUCAGGAAAUGGAACUAUAAAUAGGUGCAACCUGGACGGUGGUAAUUUAGAAGUAAUAGAGUCAAUGAAAGAAGAAUUAACAAAACCUACAGCCCUGACCAUCAUGGAUAAGAAACUGUGGUGGGCAGACCAAAACUUAGCUCAGCUGGGAACCUGCAGCAAAAGGGAUGGAAGAAACCCCACCGUCCUACGAAAUAAGACUUCUGGGGUUGUUCAUAUGAAAGUGUAUGAUAAAGAAGCACAGCAAGGCAGUAAUUCUUGCCAACUAAAUAAUGGUGGAUGCUCUCAGCUUUGUUUACCAACAUCUGAAACUACAAGGACUUGCAUGUGUACGGUGGGAUAUUAUCUUCAAAAGAACCGCAUGUCAUGCCAAGGUAUAGAAUCCUUUCUUAUGUACUCUGUGCAUGAAGGAAUCAGGGGAAUACCUCUUGAACCAAGUGACAAAAUGGAUGCUUUGAUGCCCAUAUCAGGAACCUCAUUUGCUGUGGGAAUCGAUUUCCAUGCAGAAAAUGAUACCAUCUACUGGACAGACAUGGGCUUCAAUAAAAUUAGCCGAGCUAAAAGAGAUCAGACCUGGAAAGAAGAUAUCAUUACCAAUGGCCUGGGAAGAGUGGAAGGGAUAGCUAUUGACUGGAUUUCUGGUAACAUAUAUUGGGCAGAUCAUGGUUUCAACUUAAUUGAAGUUGCAAGACUUAAUGGCUCUUUCCGUUAUGUAAUUAUUUCCCAAGGCCUGGAUCAACCAAGAUCUAUAACUGUGCACCCAGAGAAAGGAUACUUGUUCUGGACUGAAUGGGGACAGCUGCCCUGCAUUGGAAAGGCUCGCUUAGAUGGCUCAGAGAAGGUUGUCCUUGUAAGCAUGGGAAUGGCAUGGCCGAAUGGCAUCUCCAUUGACUAUGAGGAAAAUAAAUUGUACUGGUGUGAUGCUCGCACAGACAAGAUAGAAAGAAUUGACCUUGAGACUGGAGGGAGUCGCGAGAUGGUUCUGUCAGGGAGCAAUGUGGAUAUGUUUUCAGUUGCAGUCUUUGGGGCUUACAUCUACUGGUCUGACAGAGCUCAUGCGAAUGGGUCCAUCAGAAGGGGCCACAAGAAUGAUGCCACAGAAACAGUGACCAUGAGAAAUGGCCUUGGAGUCAACCUCAAGGAAGUUAAAAUCUUUAAUCGAGUAAGAGAGAAAGGGACCAAUGUUUGUGCCAAGGACAAUGGUGGCUGUCAGCAACUUUGUCUUUAUCGAGGAAAUUCCCAGAGAACUUGUGCUUGUGCCCAUGGAUAUUUGGCAGAGGAUGGAGUUACUUGCCUAAGGCAUGAAGGCUAUUUGCUGUAUUCAGGGAGAACAAUAUUGAAAAGUAUACAUCUUUCUGACGAAACCAAUUUAAAUUCACCAGUAAGGCCAUAUGAGAAUCCACAUUAUUUCAAGAAUGUGAUAGCGUUGGCUUUUGACUAUAAUCAAAGAAGAAAAGGUACCAACCGAAUCUUUUAUAGUGACGCACACUAUGGAAAUAUACAACUUAUUAAUGAUAACUGGGAAGACAGACGAGUGAUUGUUGAAAAUGUGGGUUCCGUCGAAGGACUUGCCUAUCACAGAGCUUGGGAUACAUUAUACUGGACCAGUUCUACUACGUCAUCCAUCACCAGACACACAGUGGACCAGACUCGGCCGGGAGCGUUCGAUAGGGAAGCAGUCAUCACCAUGUCAGAAGAUGACCAUCCACAUGUGUUAGCCUUGGAUGAAUGUCAAAAUUUAAUGUUUUGGACCAACUGGAAUGAACAGCAUCCAAGUAUCAUGAGAUCUACCCUGACUGGGAAAAAUGCUCAAGUGGUAGUCAGUGCAGACAUACUGACUCCAAAUGGCCUCACCAUUGACCACCGCGCUGAGAAGCUGUAUUUCUCAGAUGGCAGUCUAGGAAAAAUUGAAAGAUGUGAAUAUGAUGGAUCCCAAAGACAUGUGAUUGUCAAAUCUGGGCCAGGGACUUUUCUCAGUCUGGCUGUUUAUGAUAAUUAUAUCUUCUGGUCAGACUGGGGAAGAAGAGCUAUUCUGCGUUCCAACAAGUACACAGGCGGAGAUACAAAAGUUCUUCGUUCUGACAUUCCACAUCAGCCUAUGGGAAUCAUAGCCGUUGCCAAUGACACCAAUAGCUGUAAGUUGCAACAGAAAGCACAUUUCUUUCCUAAUUCUAAAAAUUCACCCUGCAACAUUUAUUCAGAGUUUGAAUGUGGAAACGGUGAGUGCAUUGACUACCAGCUCACCUGUGAUGGCAUUCCUCAUUGCAAGGAUAAAGCUGAUGAAAAGCUGCUCUACUGUGAAAACAGAAGCUGUCGAAAAGGUUUCAAGUCCUGCUACGAUCGUCGUUGCAUUCCUCAUGGCAAGUUAUGUGAUGGUGAAAAUGACUGUGGAGACAAUUCUGAUGAAUUAGAUUGCAAAGUCACAACCUGUGCCGCUGUUGAGUUCCGCUGUGCAGAUGGGACUUGCAUUCCAAGAUCAGCACGGUGCAACCAGAACAUAGAUUGUGCAGAUGCUUCAGAUGAAAAGAACUGCGAUAAUACAGACUGCACAUAUUUCUAUAAACUUGGAGUGAAAACCACAGGGUUUAUAAGAUGUAAUUCGACUUCACUCUGUGUUCUGCCAGCCUGGAUAUGCGAUGGGUCUAAUGACUGUGGAGACUAUUCAGAUGAAUUAAAGUGCCCAGUUCAAAGCAAACACAAAUGUGAAGAAAAUUAUUUUGGUUGUCCUAGUGGGAGAUGCAUUUUGAACACCUGGGUAUGUGAUGGUCAGAAAGAUUGUGAGGAUGGAUUUGAUGAAUUCCACUGUGAUUCUUCUUGCUCUUGGAAUCAGUUUGCUUGUUCUGCACAAAAAUGUAUUUCUAAAUACUGGGUUUGUGAUGGAGAAGAUGAUUGUGGAGAUGGAUUAGAUGAAAGUGAUAGCAUUUGUGAUGCCAUAACCUGUGCUUCCGACAUGUUCAGCUGCCAGGGCUCCCAUGCCUGUGUGCCCCGACACUGGCUUUGUGAUGGUCAAAGGGACUGUCCAAACGGAAGCGAUGAGCUCUCCACGGCGGGCUGCGGAUACCGACAGUGUAACGCAGAAGAAUUUAGUUGUGCUGAUGGGCGAUGUCUUUUAAAUACUCAAUGGCAGUGUGAUGGAGACUUUGACUGCCCUGACCAUUCUGAUGAAGCACCUUUAAAUCCAAAGUGCAAAAGUGCAGAACAGUCAUGCAACAGUUCAUUUUUUAUGUGCAAAAAUGGCAGGUGCAUUCCCAGUGGAGGUCUUUGUGACAAUAAGGAUGACUGUGGUGAUGGCUCAGAUGAGAGAAACUGCCAUAUAAAUGAAUGUUUGAGUAAGAAAGUCAGUGGAUGUUCUCAGGAUUGUCAGGACCUUCCAGUCGGUUACAAGGGAUUAAACAAUGUUAUUGCUAUAGACUUUGAUUACAGAGAAGAAUUCAUCUAUUGGAUUGAUUCUAGCCGGCCCAAUGGCAGCCGCAUAAAUAGAAUGUGUUUAAAUGGAAGUGACAUUAAGGUAGUGCAUAAUACAGCUGUCCCCAAUGCACUUGCUGUUGAUUGGAUUGGAAAAAACCUCUAUUGGUCUGACACAGAAAAAAGAAUAAUUGAAGUAUCCAAACUCAAUGGCUUGUACCCUACUAUACUCGUUAGCAAAAGGCUGAAGUUUCCGAGGGGCUUGUCUUUACAUCCUGAAGCUGGGUAUUUGUACUGGAUUGACUGUUGUGAGUUUCCUCACAUUGGCCGUGUUGGAAUGGAUGGAACCAAUCAAAGUGUUGUCAUAGAAACCAAGAUUUCUAGACCUAUGGCACUUACAAUAGAUUAUGUCAACCAUAGACUCUACUGGGCUGAUGAAAAUCACAUUGAAUUCAGCAACAUGGAUGGUUCUCAUAGACACAAAGUCCCUAAUCAAGAUAUUCCGGGGGUGAUUGCACUAACAUUGUUUGAAGACUACAUCUACUGGACUGAUGGGAAAACCAAGUCACUCAGCCGUGCUCAUAAAACCUCGGGAGCAGACAGACUCUCACUGAUUAACUCAUGGCAUGCCAUCACAGAUAUCCAGGUGUAUCAUUCUUAUAGACAACCGGAUGUCUCCAAACACCUCUGCAUGAUCAAUAAUGGAGGUUGCAGUCAUUUGUGCCUUUUAGCCCCUGGAAAGACCCAUACCUGUGCAUGCCCUACCAACUUUUAUCUUGCAGCUGAUAACAGGACUUGCUUAUCCAACUGUACCGCUAGUCAGUUUCGUUGCAAAACUGAUAAAUGUAUUCCAUUCUGGUGGAAAUGUGACACUGUGGAUGACUGUGGCGAUGGAUCUGACGAACCUGAUGACUGCCCUGAAUUUAAAUGUCAGCCAGGCCGAUUUCAGUGUGGAACUGGACUCUGUGCUCUGCCUGCUUUCAUCUGUGAUGGAGAGAAUGAUUGUGGGGACAAUUCUGAUGAACUCAACUGUGAUACCCAUGUCUGCUUGUCAGGUCAAUUCAAGUGUACCAAGAACCAGAAAUGUAUCCCAGUAAAUCUCAGAUGUAAUGGACAAAAUGACUGUGGUGAUGAGGAAGAUGAAAGGGACUGUCCUGAAAACAGCUGUUCUCCCGACUAUUUCCAAUGUAAAACAACCAAACAUUGCAUUUCCAAGCUGUGGGUUUGUGACGAAGAUCCAGACUGUGCAGAUGCAUCAGAUGAGGCCAACUGUGAUAAAAAGACUUGCGGACCUCAUGAGUUCCAGUGUAAAAACAACAACUGUAUUCCAGAUCACUGGCGAUGUGAUAGCCAAAAUGACUGCAGUGAUAAUUCAGAUGAAGAAAAUUGUAAGCCACAGACCUGUACAUUGAAAGAUUUUCUCUGUGCCAAUGGGGACUGUGUUUCUUCAAGGUUUUGGUGUGACGGAGAUUUUGACUGUGCAGAUGGCUCUGAUGAGAGAAAUUGUGAAACAAGUUGUUCCAGAGAUCAGUUUCAGUGUUCUAAUGGUCAGUGCAUAUCAGCAAAAUGGAAAUGUGAUGGUCAUGAAGACUGUAAAUAUGGCGAGGACGAGAAAAGCUGUGACCCAGCUUCACCUACUUGCUCAUCAAGUGAGUAUAUAUGUGCCAGCGGAGGAUGUAUUUCAGCAUCUCUGAGAUGUAAUGGAGAAUAUGAUUGUGCCGAUGGUUCAGACGAGAUGGACUGUGUGACUGAAUGUAAGGAAGAUCAGUUUCGAUGCAAAAAUAAAGCCCACUGUAUUCCAAUUAGAUGGCUGUGUGAUGGAGUUCAAGACUGUGUGGAUGGCAGUGAUGAAGAGAACUGUGACAGAGGAGGAAACAUAUGUAGAGCCGAUGAGUUUCUCUGCAAUAAUUCCCUUUGCAAACUACAUUUCUGGGUGUGUGAUGGGGAAGACGACUGCGGAGACAACUCUGAUGAAGCCCCUGACGUGUGCGUCAAAUUUCUCUGCCCACCCGCUAGACCUUACCGAUGCAGAAAUAACAGAGUAUGCCUGCAGCUUGAGCAAAUGUGCAAUGGGAUUGAUGACUGCGGGGACAACUCAGAUGAGAAUCACUGUGGUGAUAAGCUUACAUAUAAAGCAAGACCUUGUAAAAAGGAUGAGUUUGCCUGCGGUAAUAAAAAAUGUAUCCCCAUGGACCUCCAGUGUGAUCGCCUUGAUGACUGUGGAGACGGUUCAGAUGAGCAAGGCUGCAGAAUGACUCCAACUGAAUAUACCUGUGAAGAUAAUGUGAAUCCAUGUGGAGAUGAUGCAUAUUGUAAUCAAAUAAAAACAUCUGUUUUCUGUCGCUGUAAGCCUGGAUUUCAGAGAAACUUGAUAAACAGACAGUGCGAAGACCUUAAUGAAUGUUUGGUGUUUGGCACGUGUUCCCACCAAUGUGUUAAUAUGGAAGGAUCAUAUAAAUGUGUGUGUGACCAGAAUUUUGAAGAAAGAAAUAACACCUGCAUAGCAAAAGGCUCUGAAGAUCAAGUUCUCUACAUUGCUAAUGACACUGAUAUCCUGGGUUUUAUAUAUCCAUUCAACUACAGUGGCGAUCAUCAACAAAUUUCUCAUAUUGAACAUAAUUCAAGGAUAACAGGGAUGGAUGUAUAUUAUCAAAGAGAUAUGAUUAUCUGGAGUACUCAGUUUAAUCCAGGCGGAAUUUUCUACAAAAGAAUCCGUGGCAGAGAAAAAAGGCAUGCGAACAGUGGCUUGAUUUGUCCUGAAUUUAAAAGACCCAGAGACAUUGCUGUUGACUGGGUUGCUGGAAAUAUUUACUGGACUGAUCAUUCCAGAAUGCACUGGUUCAGUUACUACACCACUCACUGGACCAGUCUGAGGUACUCUAUCAACGUAGGGCAGCUGAAUGGCCCCAACUGCACCAGACUUUUAACAAAUAUGGCUGGAGAACCCUAUGCUAUUGCGGUAAAUCCUAAAAGAGGGAUGAUGUACUGGACAGUCGUUGGGGACCACUCCCAUAUAGAAGAAGCAGCCAUGGAUGGUACUCUGAGAAGAAUUUUAGUACAAAAGAAUUUACAGAGACCCACAGGCCUGGCUGUGGAUCAUUUUAGUGAACGCAUCUAUUGGGCUGACUUCGAGCUCUCUGUUAUUGGCAGUGUUUUGUAUGAUGGCUCUGAUUCAGUAGUCUCUGUCAGCAGCAAACAAGGCUUGUUACAUCCACAUAGGAUUGAUGUCUUUGAAGAUUAUAUAUAUGGAGCAGGACCUAAAAAUGGUGUAUUUCGAGUACAAAAAUUUGGCCAUGGUUCAGUAGAGUACCUAGCUUUAGAUGUUGAUAAAACAAAAGGUGCUUUGAUAUCUCAUCGCUAUAAACAAGUUGACUUACCCAAUCCAUGCCUGGAUUUAGCUUGUGAAUUCCUCUGUUUGCUGAAUCCUUCGGGGGCCACCUGUGUGUGUCCAGAAGGAAAGUAUUUGAUCAAUGGCACCUGCAGUGAUGACAACCUGUUAGAUGAUUCAUGCAAAUUAACUUGUGAAAAUGGAGGAAGAUGCAUUUUAAAUGAGAAGGGUGAUUUGAGAUGUCACUGUUGGCCUAGUUACUCUGGAGACAGAUGCGAAGUCAACCACUGUAGCAACUACUGUCAAAAUGGAGGAACUUGCAUACCAUCCACUUUGGGGAGACCCACUUGCAGCUGUGCACUGGGGUUCACUGGACCAAACUGUGGUAAGACAGUCUGUGAGGAUUUUUGUCAAAAUGGAGGAAGCUGCGGUGUGACUGCUGGGAACCAGCCUUACUGCCUCUGCCAGACUGAAUACACUGGAGACAGAUGCCAGUACUACGUGUGUCACCAUUAUUGUGUGAAUUCUGAAUCAUGUACCAUAGAGGAUGACGGAAGUGUUGAAUGUGUCUGUCCAACACGCUAUGAAGGACCAAAAUGUGAGGUUGACAAAUGCAUAAGAUGCCAUGGGGGACACUGCAUUAUAACUAAAGAAAGUGAAGAUAUAUUUUGCAACUGCACCAAUGGAAAAAUUGCCUCUAGCUGUCAGUUAUGUGAUGGCUACUGUUACAAUGGUGGCACGUGCCAGCUGGACCCUGAGACAAAUGUACCUGUGUGUCUAUGCUCCACCAACUGGUCAGGCACACAGUGUGAAAGGCCAGCCCCGAAAAGCAGUAAGUCGGAUCAUAUCAGCACAAGAAGCAUUGCCAUCAUUGUGCCUCUCGUGCUCUUGGUGACUUUGAUAACCACUUUAGUAACUGGUUUAGUGCUUUGUAAAAGAAAAAGAAGGACAAAAACGAUUAGAAGACAACCCGUUAUCAAUGGAGGAAUAAAUGUGGAAAUCGGCAAUCCAUCAUAUAACAUGUAUGAGGUAGAUCAUGAUCACAGCGAUGGAGGCCUUUUGGAUCCUAGUUUUAUGGUAGAUCCAACAAAGGCCAGGUAUAUAGGGACAGGGUCCAGUGCUUUCAAGCUUCCCCACACAGCGCCGACCAUCUACCUAAACUCUGAUUUGAAAGGACCACUAACUGCUGGGACAACAAAUUACUCCAAUCCAGUGUAUGCAAAAUUAUAUAUGGAUGGGCAACACUGUCGAAACUCCUUAGGAAGUGUUGAUGAAAGGAAAGAACUGCUUCCAAAGAAAAUAGAAAUCGGAAUAAGAGAGACAGUGGCGUAA